AUUAUUUCUGGCCUGGUCUCGUUUCUGAUGUUAAAGCUUACAUCAACGCUUGUGAAGUUUGUAAAACUACGAAAGCACCAAAUCAUGCUCUGAGACCUCCUUUGGGUAAAGCUCCUGAAAGUCAGCGGUUUUUCCAACGCCUUUUUAUUGACUUUCUUGGACCGUAUCCCCGAUCAAGGAGUGGAAAUAUUGGAAUAUUUAUAGUACUCGACCAUUUCUCAAAAUAUGUUUUCCUUAAGCCAGUAAAAAAAAUAAACGCGGCUCUCGUAAUUAAAUAUCUGGAAGGAGAAUUAUUCAUGACUUUCGGCGUUCCAGAAACUAUUGUCUCUGACAAUGGAUCGCAGUUUCGCUCUGAGGCGUUUCAAAAGCUCUUGAAACAGUAUGGAGUAAAUCAAAUGUUCACCGCUGUUCAUUCCCCUCAAGCGAAUGCAUCUGAACGAGUUAAUCGCUCGGUAAUUUCGGGAAUAAGAGCUUACUUGCGUCCAGAUCAGAAGGAUUGGGACGAAAGCUUAAGCAAAAUAUGCUGUGCUUUGAGAUCGUCCGUGCAUUCGAGCAUCGGUACUUCUCCAUAUUACAUGGCUUUCGGCCAGCACAUGAUUACGUCGGGGUCAACAUAUGCAUUGCUUAGAAAGCUAAACAUGCUGGAUGAUCGAUCAUUAGUAUUUAAUCGACAGGACUCUUUUGAUUUGAUCCGUAAGAAUGCAUGUAAGCUGAUGCAACUUAAGCAUGAUGUGAACGAGAAACGUUACAAUUUGCGGUCAAGAAUAAUAACUUUCGCGCCAGGACAAGAAGUGUUCCGUCGAAAUUUCAAGCAAAGUUGCUUCCAGACUGGUUAUAAUGCAAAGUUUGGUCCCGCAUUUCUAAAGGCGCGAGUUCGUAGAAAACUCGGCAAUUCGAAUUAUGAGCUCGAAGAUUUACAAGGCCAUUUGCUAGGCAAUUAUCAUGUCAAGGACAUUCGACAAUGAUGUUGCUUCCGGCGGUAUCAGUCUAGGGUAUCUAUUGAAAGGAAAUACCCUAGUCUGAUUGUAGCGGGGGGGUUUUGUAACGGCGCCUACAGCAACGUGUAUUGAAUUCGGCCUAAAAGUUUACUAAGUUUAAGUCAAGGUUGAUGUUGCUGCAAGUAGCUCCUAAAAGUAUGCACUUGUUAGUCUGUCGAGUUGAGCUUAAAGCAGCGCUGUAAGCAGCUGAUAAGCCGAGCAGUGCUGUAAAACUGCUGAUAAGCUUGAAGUGCAUCGGUUGCACUGGAAAGCUCAGCUUUGACAUCUGCGCCAGCUGCAUCAGCUUGAGCGCGGCCAACUUAGUGAAAGCCGGUUCCGGUUUGGUCAUUUUUCUAAUGACCGGCUGCGUACAUAGACGCGUAAUUAUUGAAGAUUUAAAUCGGAAGGCAUCGAGCGCUAUUGGGAAAUUUUUUAUUGUCUUUGCUAUUAUUUGGAUUGGUUUUGCUGCCUUCAAGGCCUUGUUUCUCGCUUCGCAGCAUACCGCCAGUUUGCUUCGGCCAAGUGCCGCAGCUUAUCCAGCGGAGCACCCCUGCAGGCCAUUCUCGGCCAGCGGAGCACCUCUCCGGCCCUCACGGCCAGCGGAGCACCCCUGCACCGGCCCUCUCGGCCAGCGGAGCACCUCUCCGGCCCUCACGGCCAGCGGAGCACCCCUGCACAGGCUCUCUCGGCCAGCGGAGCACCUCUCCGGCCCUCACGGCCAGCGGAGCACCCCUGCAACGGCCAGCGGAGCACCUCUCCGGCCCUCUCGGCCAGCGGAGCACCUCUCCGGCCCUCACGGCCAGCGGAGCGCCCUUAGCGCCACCUUUGCCGCCGCAUAGCGGCCAGCGGAGCGC